AUGCCUUGUCGCGAAAUGAUGAGUUGCAAAUUGAGGAGUGCUAUUGCUGGUUUGGCUGUAUUCGCGUGUUUGUUCCUUCGAGUCCAAGGAUCUUCGCCACUACUCUUGGAGGAGUGGUGCGGAGUGGUGCCUCAAAUAAACCUGAAAAUCGCAAAUGGCAAACCCGCGGAAUUUGGAGGAUAUCCGUGGAUAGCCCUCUUGCACCAACGCAAAAUUUUUUUUUGCGCCGGAUCGCUUCUUAAUCACUGGUUUGUCUUGACGGCGGGUCAUUGCAUUUCCGACGGAGCUCCAGUAAUUGCUCGCUUGGGCGAAUACAACAGAGACACCGAUAUAGACUGCGACAACAACAACAGGUGCUUGGAUCCCGUGCAGGAUUACAAGGUGGACAUGCUCUUCAGGCACCGGUUAUACAAUGACAAGGACUACACCAAUGACAUCGGAAUGCUGCGGCUCGAGAGGAAGGUUGAGUACACGCUUCACAUCCAACCCAUCUGCAUUAUCGUCAAUAGUGAUAUACAGCCGUACGUGGAUGAAAUAACCUGGUUUAAGGCCACCGGCUGGGGACGCACAUCUGGGGAUGCGAAAUUCGCGUCCCGCGUUCUCCUCGAACUGGACAUCAACCGCCGACCAAAGGCUGAUUGUGUCAAAGCCUUUCGACAGCACUUGACUCCCAAACAGAUCUGUGUGGGGAACGAUGACGGCAACCUGUGUAAUGGAGACUCUGGUGGGCCCCAAGGUCGGAACGCCACGGUGUACGGCAUCGAGCGGUUCGUCCAGCUCGGCAUCGCCAGCUACACGAAUAAGAAUUGCAGCAAAGUCAGCAUUCUCACGGACGUAACUCGUUAUGGCAAAUGGAUCAGGAAAGUAGUGGAGUGGUAUGGUCGGUGA